GCGCACGCAAUGUGAGAAGGCGUGAAAAGAUAUGGCCGCGAUGCGUACUGUAUCUAUUGCCUGAUGAGGUGAUUCUGCCAGCGUUAAUCAGUGAAAAUGAUUGCUUCUCCUAUUUUGUGACGAACGAAAUAUCUGAUUCUGGUCGAUCAUCGUUAGUCGAUAUGGAAUUAGGUUUAUCCAAUACUUUGCUAGCCGGUGACCCGCGAUUGAUCGAUCAUAUAGUGGGCGAAGUUAAGUCUCAAGGCAUUUUUGAUCAGUUUCGCAAAGAAUGCAUCGCCGAUGUUGAUACAAAGCCAGCGUAUCAAAAUCUGAGGACAAGAGUUGAAGGUUCCGUAAACUCUUUUCUUACUAAACAAGUAUGGAAACCAGACUUGAACAAGAAUCAGCUCCGAGAAACUUUGCGCAAACAUAUACACGAUGCACCAUAUCUCGAUGCUGGUGUAGAACGGAUAGUAGAUCAAGUCGUAAAUCCCAAAGUCUAUGCAGUUUUUAUGUCACAAAUAGAAGAUGUAGUAUAUAAAUUUCUGGGUAUAGAAAGACCAAAGGUGAAAGAGAAAAAUGGUGCUUGCGGUCUUAAAGAUUUAUUACCUAAAGAUUUGGAUCCAGUCUCACCAGAGUCUGAUAAGAACAGUUUGAAGGAUGUAUCCCUCGAAUCGAUAGAUGCAAGCGAUGUGAAUGAUGUUGAGGGAAAACAAUUUGAUAAAACAAAUGAACAAAAGUUCCAAGGUGAGGAGAUAUACAGAGAUAAAAAUAAAACUAGCCCUGAAAAUGGACAUAUCUCCUCAGAAGAGAAAACAUUGGAUGAAUCUUGUAAAGCUUUAAAUAAAACUGGUAGUAACCUGAAUUUAAACACAUCUGGAAAAUCGGAUGACAAAAUGGAAGACGAGGACGAAGAGGUUAGUCCAACAUUUGAACCAAUAGAUAUUAUGAAUUUGAAUGAAUCCAACAUUUCCAACGACUCACAUUUAUCAGGAAUAUCAGAAUUAACGAGUCACAGAUCAAGAAGUCCAGAUUUUUCGAACGAAUUAUCGCGAGAUAACUUUGAUUGUAGCAAUCAAGAUUCUCAACUUAGCAAGGUUUCCUCAGAUUCUCGAUUAUCGAUAGUAACAGAUUUUGGGUCUUCCAACCAUGGUUUAACACCAGUACAUGAUGCAUUGAAAGAUGAUGUAACAAAGGACAAAUAUGAAGUUAAAAAUAGUAAAGAUAAUUUUAAAGCAAUUAGGGAGUUUGAUUCGUCUAAGAACAAAAUGACCAAAAGCAAUUUUGACUUUGCUAAAAAUAAAGAUGCACAAGAUUAUAAAGAUACAAAAGAUUUUAAAAGCACUAAAAGUAUAUCUUCUAAAGAAAAUUCUCGUGAUGCUACAGAUAGUGGUAUGAAAGAUAAAUAUGAUAAAAGUUCCAAGGAAAAGAGUAAAGAUAGCGAAUCCAAAUCAAAAAGCACAAAAGAAAAGAUCAGCAGUAAGGAUGUAAAAUAUUAUAAAGACAGAAGUAAUGAAAGAAAGAAAUCACGUAGUCACAGUAGUGAAAAGUACGAUAAACAUAAUAAGAGUAAAUCUAAAGAUAAAAUUGAUCAGGUGAAAGAAAAUUCAGACAAAGCUAAAGAUAUUUCAGAAUCUUUGAAAGAUAACGCCAACAAAAUUAAAGAUGAGAAACUCAAGGAAGCAGACAAAAAAGAUAACAUCAAUAAAGAAGCGAAAGAUUUAAAAGAUAUCUAUAAAGAGAAAAUCAGAGAGCUUCGAGAGAAGAAGGAAUUGACAGAGAAAGAAAAAUUAAAUAAAGACAAAGAUGUUAAACUUACUAAAGAAACUAAAGAAAAGAAGGAUUCUCUUAAAGACAAAAAAUCAAGCAGAAAAGAGCAUAGAAGCUCAUCGUCGUCAUCGUCGUCGAAAAAUAUCCCUGUAACUUAUCACGAAAGUAGAAACAGCAAGGCGUCAGAAAAAAUUGUAGAUGGAAAAGAUAAAAGAUCAGACUCGAAAGAUAAAGCAAAACGAGAUGAAAAACGAUUGUCGAAAGAUAAUAAAGGUAAGAGUCACUACAGUAGCAAGACAGAUCUAUCGGACAAGUCUGAUCCAAAAAAAGUUUCGAAAAGUGAGAAAGAAGAUAAAGGCGGAAAAGUGGAUGUAAAAAAGGAUGGCAAAGCGAGCAGUGAAAAGACAAAUGGUAAGAAGGAUGCGAAAAGUUAUUUGCAACAUAGCAAAAGUUCAGAUCGCAAUGAGAAAUCAGAUGGUAAGAGAGACUCGAAAAACGAUAGUCCGUCAAAGGAUAAAAAACGUCGAGAGGAUAAAAAAUCAAAGACAAAGGAUGAUCAUUCAAGCUUACGCAAAAGCUCUAAUGAUCGACGUUCCACUGACAGAGAUGGCUCGAAUGGCUCGAAUAGCAAGACCUCGCCAUCCAACAAUACAAAUUCUAAUAUGACAAGCACCAAAUCAGGUACGUCAAGUUUGAAGGAAAGUAAUCACGUUAGCAAUUCUGGUAGCGAAACGUCAGAUAGUAUUGAAGAAACGCAAAUGAAUGACUCAUUGCAACAACCAAACUCUAAAUUAUCUCAUAAAAUCAAUUUGAUAGAUGAUAAGACUCUAAAAUUGGAACCUGAUAAUAUAAAUGAAACGUAUGACAAACACGAGGAAGAAGCAGAUUCGUGUGACACAAAUUUACCAUUAAAAAAGAGAUUGUUAUCUAAGAGGAUUGUAAUUAAAGAGGACGAGUCAACUUCUGACGAUGUGAAAAUCAGAAAGCCAAAAUUCGCAAAAAAUAUACACGAAGCUAAAAGACUUAUGAAAAUCAGAAAGCUGAUGGAAAAGGAGAAACUUAAGGAGGAUAAGAAAGGAGAGAAGAAAAUUACGUACGAAACGGAACAAACAAGUCAAUUGAGUACAGCAAAAGAUGUUGACAAUCUCGAAGACAUGCCAGACGACGAGCGUGUUCAGAUUAUAGAGAUUCCUGACGAGGAAUACGAGGAACCUUAUCCCGAGAAGCAUGAAACCAACUUAACAUUAGACGAAAGAUCGAUAAUAAUGCUAGGAACAGAAUCUUGUACAAAUGAUUUCUUAAAUAGACAAUCCAAGUCAUCCAAGUUAUCCAAUAUGGAGUUGUGUAUAAAGCAAUCCCUAAGUGAAAUAGUAUCGAAUGUAUCAGAAGAAACGAUACAGAAUUCAAAAACUGACGAGAAAACUACGCAGCUUGAUGAUUCACAUGUAGAAGAUAAAACAGCAUCUAAGGAGGGACAUGAUGUUGCAAAAGACACUAAUAACAAAACACCAAAUAUUGAUGCAGAAAAAUGUUCUUCGCAAAUAGAGAAAACAUAUAUUUCACAUGAACAGAGAGAACUCACAGUAUCGGCAAAAUCUGAAUCUGUGGAUAAUAGCGAGAACAGAAGUGCAGAACAAUCGAUGGAGAAGGAUGCGGAAGUAUGGAAUUAUAAUGAAACGGAAAUGCAGAACGAUAAUGAAGCGCAGAUUGACAAUCGGACAGAGAUAAGAGACGACAUCGAAGAACCGGAGGAUGAGAAGCAGGUAGAAAUGUGUACAUCACCAAUCGAUACGACGAUAGAUAUACAUAGCAAUUGUCAAGAAACUAAGUCCUCAUCCUCCGUCAUCAGCGAGGAUAGAGAAGAUGGAGAAGAUUGCUAUUACUUUAAGACUGACAAUAAGAGAUCGGAAAGAUUCUCGAGUUUCUUAGAAUCUCUAGAAUUGUUGGAGAAUUCGUCUCUAGAAGACAUAAUAGAGAGUCUAGGUGGCAAGGUAGUUCUCUCGGUACCAAAAUCCAUGGCUGCACCACCAUUGCCAAAAUUGCGCAAGCGUUCAUCCAGUCCCUUAUCCGACAUACUGGUAAAUAAUUCGGAUAAUAAUAAUGAGGAUCAUAAACGGACAUUGUCGCUCAAUGAAGAUACCGUACACAAUGUCAAAAAAAGAAGAUUCAAUAAAAAACCGAGAUUUUCGAAUUUAUGUAAUCCGCAGGGAGUCUCGAAUGGCGAGAAUUUCGUCAUGCCUCUGAGCCCGGAUAGCGAUGUGUCCGCAACAAGCGAAAAAACAUCGUCUAAUGUGAUCAAAGAAGAAAAAAGCCGCAAUAGGAGCAGUCAACGAUAUUCAAGCGAUGACUUGUAUAAACCACGUCCAUUAUUUUCCAGUUCUUCUCGUCGAAGCAGACGAUUUAAUCAAGCAUAGCUAGUGCUACAUGGAUUCAGGUGUUAAAUGAACUUUUAUUUUAUACCAUUUCAAAGUAAAUUUGUCUCAUUACAUAAUAGUGAAUCGUACAUCUCAAAAUAUGGUGAGUCAUCAUAUUUAAUUUAUAUCAUUCAAAUUUUUCAUAAUAUUUUAAAUGCGUUUGUUUAAAAUUCCGACCUUUAAAACAUUGAAAUUAUU